AUCGAUUCGACUUCGAGUUCAACGAAGACGAACUCCAUGAAAGAAAGAUAGGUCUUAUAAAGUAUAUUCUAAAGUAAUAUAGUAAGAAAGUAUUUAUCGUACAAAUUAUAUUAGCUAAUAUUUGACACUUCUUUUCUCAAGCUUAUAAUUCAUUAACCAUGGCUCCGGCUCCAAAAGGCAAACCUCCCACCAAAGGUGCUAAACAGAUAUUGGUGGAGAAUUCAGAAACAGUCAGUUUCUACCGCAACAUGUCUCUUGCAGCCGCAGCCUUGUACGGAACUGCCACCGUUAGCUUGUACUGGGACAACUUAACAACGGGAAUUAUUUUCCUGAACGUUCUACUAUUGGCAAUAUAUGGAGGGUGCUAUCAAAUUAUGAGAUACAUCAGUCGGCCCACUUAUUCCGACAACAGCCAGCUCAUCGAUCCUGGUCUUGAUUUGAAUAUGGAAGGUGGUAUGGGCGAACAUGUGAAAGAUAUAGUGAUAUUGUCAGCAAUCACACAUGUGCUUGCUGUGAUAUCAAACUAUUUCUUUUUGCUGCUUCUGCUGAUACCAGCGAGAGCCUUCUGGCUGCUCUGGGUCAACGUGCUAGGACCUUGGUUCUUCCAAGAGGCUCCCCAAGACACAGAACAAGAUGAAAAGAAAAAGAAAAAAUUAGAAAGAAAAAUGAAAAGAUAUCAGCAAUAAAGUAAAGUAAUACUUAAUAGGAGUACCUUGAUUCAAGAAGCCUUAUUAUUGUAUAAAUGCUCAGUUCUUAAUUAACACGGUUAACUAGUAGGAUAGUAACUUUUGUUAUAUUUAUAAUUUUAUUUCAAUAUAUUGUUAAACUUCAAUAUUAAAUACAUCUAUUAAAUUAAUAAUGGUACAAUAAUUAAAUAAACAUAGGUAUAUUUUUAUAUACAUUGAAAUA